AUGAGACGACUCGCUUUCUCAGUUUCUAGAAAGCUGUGCCUGUGUCUCCCUCCGUUUGCUCACCCCCAGCCGGUGAAGAAUCAGGGCCAGUUCCAUCUCUCCGGGACCCCAAGGAACAGCGAUUGCUCGCUGGACAUCAGAGAUGUGCAGAGGAUCGACAGCGGUUCUUACUUUUUCAGGAUUGAAAAAGACUCCUUCAAGUGGAAUGACUACAAGAAUCAGCUCUCUGUGCAGGUGACAGCCCUCACUCACACCCCCAACAUCGACAUUCCACAAAUGCUGGAGCUUGGCCUUCCUAGCAACGUGACAUGCUCUGUGCCCUGGGCCUGUGAGCGGGGGACACCUCCUAUCUUCUCCUGGAUGACAACUGUCCUCGCAUCUCUGGGCCCCAGGACCACCCUCUCCUCAGUGCUGACCCUCACACCCAGGUUCCAGGACCAUGGCACCAACCUCAUCUGCCAAGUGGCCUUCCCUGGAGUCAGUGUGACUGUUCAAAAGACUGUCCAGAUCAAUGUCUCCUGGAUAUCAGGGCCCCUGGCAGAGGUGGUUCUCGUGGCCAUCGGGGAGGUGACUAUCAAAUUCCUGUCAACUACCAAAUUCCUGCGUCUUGGGAUCUGCUUCUUCUUCCUCAGAAAGUCCAGGAGUUCAACAUUUGUUCGGUCCAUGAGGCUGGAUGGCUGGAUGUCUCAGAUGAUCUUCAGUAUACACUGACAUCCCAAAGAAGUAGGCUCUGAUACCCAUGAAGGAAAGGACUUGCCAAGCAGAGUGAGAGCAAGCAGGCAAAGGGCAAGAGCUUUUUUCUUCCAUGUCCGUUUUAGAGAGUGCCACCAGAAGGUGUGGCCCAGAUUGGAGGUAGAUCUCCCCAUCUUGAUAGAUCUGGAUUUAGAGUGGGUCUUUCCACCUUAAAUGAGUCAAUCAAGAAAAAUCCUCAACAGUAGUGGCCAGCCACUUGGCUUAAUUCCAACAGCCUUCACAGGAAGAAGGCUGUCUCCCAUGGCUGGGUCCUGCCAUCUGGGUGUUUAGCUCCCUCCCAGCCACCCUUACAGCCCAUGACUGGGGCUCAGGGGAGGUGACUGCUGUACCUGGUCUCCUUCAUGCCCACAUUGAAAGCUCUGGUCUCAUCACUCAGCGUAAAAUCCCAGAGGAAGAAAGUAGAGAGGCCAGCAACACAGGUGGACCACGCGAAAACUGCCAUGGGUUAGUCUCUCAGGUGAGUGAUGUGGAAGCCGCCCAGCACUGGUGUCCCUCGGAACUCUUUCCUGUGAUGGACCAGGUAUGGCCUGGCUUAGCAUGGCCACUGGUGACCCGCUACCCUCCUCCCAUGGUGCUCCUGGAUCAGCAGCUCCAUCUCUUUCCAGAACUAGCUGGGAAUCUCUGCUGUCGCCUCUCUGAACCCCUCACCCCAUAUCCCAUACUGACCCCGUUAUCCACCCAACCUUGAUCAUCCCUGAACUUUAUCUUCCCCUGGCCACUGACUCUUUCUCACCUCCUGCCUCUGUAGCAGGGCCCCAGAACCUAGUAUACCUGACUCCAUGAUGGGACUACCAUUCAGGUCAUAAAACUCAGCACAUCGUCAGCACCACCUACCAAAAUUAAAACAAAGAUCUAAUCUAUCAAAGUCCAUAGAUCUAGGAAAGUUUCUAAAGGUGCUAACGUUGCCUUUUAGCCUCUGCAAUUCUGCUUCUGGCUAACUGUUCUUGUUAACCAAGGUAUGUCAACCAAGAACAGUGUUUUGGGGCUUAAAGGCUCACACUGAGAAUGUCUUGAUGCUGCACUGGGAUUCUGAACACCAAGUGUAGUCUCUGGUCAACUAAUAUAGAUUUUUUUUUCUUAGUUUAAACCAAGUAGUCUGCUCUAGAAGGUAUCCCCACAACAUUUCUGGAAGUUCUACCAAGAUUCCCAGAGACCAGACUUUGAGAUACUGGGGGUCUCAGGGCCACCCCUCGAAAUGAGAAAGAGUGUGGUGGCCAAAGAGCUCCUAGAGGGUACACAAACUGAGUUCUAGGUCCGCAAGACUCUCUUGCAUUAGUUACUGCCUAACACUUCAGAGAAACUGGACACAUCCACUCCAAAAUGAAACCAAUGAGAGUGAGAAUCCCCUGGCUUGAGACCUGUGGUCCUCUUGUUGGAGAUCCAAAUCCAUUUGUCUCUGUCAGGUUGCCCAGAGAAAUAUCCCACCUCACUCCUGAAAAAACAAUCUCACCUGUCUGCCCCAUUCCAGGACUGAGAGUACUUGCUUGUUUUGUUGCUUGACUCCUGCUCAGUGUUGGUCCCUGUGGGGAGAUGUGUCUCAUCCAAAACACCUGCCAUUUAAUGCACAAGGAAAGAGAAUAUACUUUCCAGGUGAGCAUUCCCUCUGCUCUGUGCCUGCUCUAAGCAGCCCUAAAGAAGGGGGAAGUUCCCCCUGGAUGAGCCCCAAGGAAAAGAGAAAGCUCUGUUCCUUUCUCUUUCAUGAUUUAUGUCUUCUUUUCAAUUAGUGAUCUGUAUAGUUGGAAAACACCCUUCUCUGAGAAAAGUAAAAAACCCAACCCUGGGCCAGGCUGGGGGAUCAAUGCCAGACAGUGCAUCUGGGCAAAACAGAUUUUUCCCUUAUGACCAACACUGUCCAAGGAAACUUUAAACAAUUUCCACUAGGUUCUUUUUAAAAGAAUUAAAGACAAGUGCUAAAAAGAUUUCUCUCAUCACCUAGUUGGCUCCAGAUAUUAGAAAAAACUUAUAAAAGUUUUAAAAUGCUAAAAAUAUAAAUAGGUCCCAGUUGCAGCAGGUAGCUCAAAAGGUGUUUGACAACAAACAACUGAUUGGGGUGAGACUUUAGUGUAAACCAAAAACCACUGUCACCUUCUCUGUAAUGAGACUCAGUUAGACUAACAGACACCCGGCAAAAUUGUGGUGUCUUACCCUCCUAGCUGCAAGUUCUGCCUCCAGUCAAAAGAUACAGUGGAUUAUUUCUCAGAUUGAAGACAAAGAUUCCUGAGGUUAUGGGUGGAAAUCAACUCCCAGGACUGACCCAACACCAGGUUCCUAAAAUUGUUCAGCUAACCAGUUCAACUACUCCAGAUUAUAAACAAUACCCAAUGACCCUGGAAACGAAAAGGGAAAUUGCAGUCCAUGUUGCCUGGCUUGGAGAGACGGGCAUCCUGGUGUCCUUUCUAGUUACCCUGGAAUACACCUCUCCUACCUGUGAUGAAACCUGAGACCUCUGGUUCUCAUGAGUCUGAUUCUUCUAGAAAAUCAAGUGUACACUGUCUUAGACCUUAGCCUCCCACUGGCAGAGGUGAGUCAACCAUGUUUGCUUUUACGCAGACAGACCUAGAGGAGUGUUACAGCAGGCAGUAUACUUGGACCAGGUUGUCCCAAGGAUUUAAAGACACGAAAUGUAUUCCUCCUUCCCUUCUAUCAGGGAUUUCCUAGGAAAAUAUAUCGUAAGGGGGCCACUGAGGGGCUGCCGCAAGAGUUACAUUGUGCUAGUGAACACCAACUAAGAAAGCCCAGCUCCACGCAUAAGAGGCUGCCGAUCUUGAGUCCCAGUUGAGGGCAGGCAAAGGGAGCCUGUCUCAUAGUAAGAUGCUGCCAUCCUUCAGAUCCCAGCUCCGAAGACUGAGACAGGCUUGAGAGUCACUAAGCGCAUCUGGGUAUUUCUGCUUCUGGAUGCCAGAGUCUAUGGAAAUAGCAAGGGCUCUCUCUACACACCAGCACAAAGAGGGGCACUCAUUGAGCCCCAAACCUGAACUGAGACCUAAAAAAAUACAUUUGAGACUUAUGAAACAUUCCUGAUGUCUGCUAUAGCCCUAGCUCUUCCAGAUGUCUCAAAAGAUUUUCCAUCUGUUUGCCCACAAACAAAAGACAUUACAAAAGAGGUCUUAACCCACACUAUGGGACCACGAAAAUCUUGCUGUCCAAUGAAUGGCAUGAAGAGUAGAGGGGUCUUCUUGAUACUCUGAUGACAUACCCCAACCCAGUGUUGCUUGAGACUCCUUGAUUAAGAAGAAACAGACGGUUCAAACCAAAAGGUUGAUGGAGGACAACAGAGGGAAAUAGCAUUCUUCCAGAAACAAUUGGUGGGACCCUGGGACUGACCUUUAUUAGGCUACUUGCCUGAGAUUCACAGAGCAGAGUUGCUCAGACCAGCUAGGUUGUUAUAGCUAGCUCAGGAUGCCUCAGCCAGAUUACAAUCUUGUGCCUAAGUAGAUCCACCAACACUGGGAUGCUCUGAGAAUACUGACUUCACAGUGAUCUGGCAUGCCAGGGGCAUAUAAGAAUACUUGCUGGUUUUUAUAGAAACAAGCCAUCUUCUCUGGGUGGGUAAAUGCAUUCCCCACCUGGGCUGAAACUGCUCAGAUAGUAAGUAGAAGCUUAAAAGCCCCUCCAAAGACUGGUUGCCUGAUUUGGCCUACUCCUAGCCAAUGGGACCUGACAGUAGCCAGGCUUUCAAAGCCAAAACUUCUCUGUUAAUAGCUAAAGCUUUCAAAAUACACUGAAAACUUCAUUGUGCCUAUAGAACUCAAAGUCCUGGGAAGGUAGAAAAAAAAUAGGAUGUUACAAAAAAAAUAAAACUAUAAUGAAACUGUCUUGAGAGUCCAGAGAAGGGUGGAUAGACCUCUUUCUUUGGCUUUAGACCUGCUGUACCCCAUUAGGAAGGAAUUUACCCAUGAGACGAUAUUUGGAAGACCUCCUCCACUGCUUCCCAGGCCCAGAGACCAGCAGUUGGCAGAACCCUCCAACCAUUUUUUUUCUAAAGUCACAACAGAACCUCCAGUCCUCCAAAAAUUGUAUUUGCUGGGCUAUCUGAGAGACCCAACUGACCUCAAAGUACCAGUUUCUCCUUGCUGGAGUCUGUUGAUACUCUUUAGUUCUAGCAGGUAGCCAAAGGGGCACUGGAACCACUUAGAAAUGACCCUACAAAGAGAUUCUCUCCAUUCCUGUGGCUGUGAAGGUAGCUGGCAUUACACAACAGAUUCACCACACCCAGGUCAAGUAAGUAGAAGUCAUGGACGAUGAUGCCAACUGGACUGUCUCUGGACUAUGGACACAUUAAAACUAAGGUUUCGUUGGGCCCCAGGCCUUUUCACUCCCUGCCCCUCUACCUCCUCCUGAGUCUUAUGCUUUGUUCUGUGGGUAUGAAGGGUAUGAGUAUAGAGUUAUGGUCUGACCCCCCACGGGCCUCAGGUCUCGACCUAGGACUGAGAAAGACAGAUACAGGAUAUGUCUUGGCUAGUUGACUAUAGGCCAGCAAACUAUAUUCAUCUGACCUUUGCUCGCUGAUCCCCACUUUAUUGAAUUGAAUUGGUUAUAUUGAAACAAAGCAAAGAUAUGGGGGAUUAUCUUUUAAGAUAGAAAUACUGAGUUUACAAUUCUAUGCAUGCUCUAAGGCUGGGCCCCUUAGGUGCCAGGAACAAAGGUUUUUCCAAUUCAAAAACUGUAGUUAGAAAAACCUGAAAAAUCCUUUUAAAAGAUUCCAGUCUUUGGAAAACUUGGGGGAUCACUCUAAGCCGUAGGAAGGGACCCUGGGAAUAGAGUUAUUCAUUCCCAGCCAGAAAUCAGCCAGGAUUGCUAGUUAUGCUUAGAUACCCAGCUCCCAUACUACAUAGGAACUAA